CGCGUUAUUUUCACAGUGUACAAUAAAUAAUCGACGAAUUGAAAUGAAAUGGUGAAAGAUUCGUGAAUGGUGAAUUUUGUCGAAUUUAUUCGAAAGCUGAAGGUUAACAAUUUGUUAGUUGCGGAUCCUCGGUUGCUGGAGUUUCAUAUACAAUACAUGAAUGGAUUUAAAACGUGCAGUUCAACUGCAAUACCAGCUUUUCUCCAAGGAGCUGUGUACUGAUUAUGGAGAUGACAUUAUCCGUUUUCUCAAACAGUCCGAACAGAAUCGUGUUCCUAUGAGGUUUAUUUCACCUCAGAUCCGACAUCGUGAGGCCAUGGUCAACUUCAUUCGUAGUGUAGGCGAAUACGAGCAAUUGCUAAGGGCUACCGUGCAUCUAGCUAUUUACCUAGUGGAUACUUUUAUGGAUAAUCACAACAUCACUGAUAACCGUCUCAACCUGGUGGCACUUUCUUGUAUACUGCUGGCAUCUAAAAUCGAAGAAAAUGAACCAAAUAUUCCUUCUUUAAGUAGUUUGAACGAAUUGGUACAUAAUCAAUAUCCAACAUCUGACUAUGCAGUUCUCGAAGUUGUCCUUCUAAAAUUCUUCAACUGGAAUUUAAUAAUUCCAACAGUCGCCACCUUCGCUGGAUAUUGGUUGCUAAAUGUUGUAUCGCCUGAGGAUUUUCUAGAUAGUUUGAGUGUGCAACAAUUCUUCGAAAAAAGAUUUCAGGCAAUCGAUUUGUUUUUAGAAUUUGUUGACAUCACUACCACACAUGUUAAAAUGACAAAUAAGCGUCCCUCACUAGUAGCGUCGGCUUGUCUAGCCGCUGCUAGGUCGUGUAUACCGGUGGAAUUUACGUGGCCUGAUUGCAUGAUCAAGCUUACCGGUUACACAUUCAAUCAACUCGACUCUACAUCAGCUGAGCUAAUGAGUUGGAGGGCUUGUCUUUUAAUGAAAGAAAUAUCAAGUCGUAAAAGGAUGGCCUUUGAUUCUGGAUAUUUAACGGAAAGCGAUGACAAUGAAGACGAAGGCUCUAGCGUACAGAUUCAAGACUUAGAUACCGCCUGACGAAUUUAGAACUAAAUAAUAUACACAAACACACACUGUCACAUAC